AUGUUCAAUAUACACACCCGUCGGCUAGCCGGUUGGGAAUUCUGGGGCUCGUGCUAUGAUGUUAUGCCGCUCUCUGAACCGGAGCUGGAUCCCACUGCCUAUCAAUACGCUGACGAUCGCAUGAUGGAUCGACCUCUGCACGAGAAUUAUGGACGAAUGCGGGUGGAUAGCGUCGGUGAUAUCGAAUCAAUGCUGCGGGAGCUGGCGUUUGAUGACGACAGCAUUGCUGCAGGGGAUCUAAGCGACACAAGCCUUCAAAUAGACACUGACCGUGAAACAGCUCUUGUGAGCAUAGUAACGAUGCCCGAACCCAUGGAUGUAGACAAAGACACAGCGGAAGAGGAGGACACGUGUAUGCAAGAACACGAGGAGGACACGUGUAUGCAAGAACACAUGGACGGUGACUUGCUCUUGCACCGUAGAGUCGAUUUCAAGAAGAGCAAAGCCUCUCGUAGGAUGGUACCGAUCACUACGUCAGCAAAAAAGAGACAUCUCGCCCAAGGCCACGAUCGCAAACCUGAGAGUGGAUUCACACAGCUGGGGAGACUAGCAACCGUGAGCCGCCUCAGCAAUAGACUUCUUGGACGUGACCCGAUCAGCACGUUUGCUGGGAACUGCGAAGAUUUACUUCCCCGAUGGAUUGCCUUGCUUCGAGAAACUACAUUCCCGGGUGACAUAACAAGCACCGAUUCCCGCAUACCGCGAGCAUUCAGAGCCGUAGAUAGCAUUCUCUGCGGACAAGACAGACCUCUUCUCCAAAGACUAGCCAGUGUCCAACUAGCCCGGCUUUUUCAAACGGUCAAGGAUAUCAUCAAAUCUGAUAGACACCAUAGACGCAUAGAUCGCGUACCCUACUCGAGAGAUGCCAAUCUUGCUAUGAAUAUUUAUAUGAGCGCCCAAGAAACCCAAUCAAACGCAAGGAGCCUAAGAAUCAAGUUGGAACAGAGCCGCAAGCGCUUCAGUAAAAGGUGGAGCCUUUUGGCAGUGUCGUCACCACUCUUCGUCCUAGUCUACACUGACGCAGCUGAGGCGGUUGUUAGGGACUUCAAGAAGGUAGACAACUCGACCCUUGCCAUGGUCGCUGCUAGAAUAUCCAAGACAUGCCCCCAUCGACUUGUGGGCGUCUGUGCUGGCAUCUCCAGGGCAGCAGAAGUCGCAGCCACGUCAGGGAAUUGGGUAGACCCACUUUCAUUUUCGUCUGAGCGCAUCAGACAGUGUUUGCUUCUUUGA